AUGGCACCCUUUUCUUUUACCAAACUUUCACUAUUAGCUUUAGUACUUUACAUGUGGCAACAUCCCAACUAUCACCAGGAUGAUUUUUCAAGACAGGGUGUGAAUGCUCCAUUACAAGUAGAUAAUAUUGUUGGUAGAAAUUUAGCAAGCAAAGAAGAAGCAACUCCAGCAGGAAAAAAUAAAACAACUAAAACAUUAUUAGGCAAAAAAGAAGAAAGAAAAGAAGAAAAGAAAGAAGGAAAGAAGGAAGGAAAGAAGGAAGGAAAGAAGGAAGGAAAGAAGGAAGAAAAGAAGGAAGGAAAGAAGGAAGAAAAGAAAGAAGAAAAGAAAAAAGAAAAGAAAGAAGAAAAGAAGGAAGAAAAGAAGAAAGAAAAGAAGGAAGAAAAGAAGGAAGAAAAGAAGGAAGAAAAAAAAGAAGAAAAGAAAACAUUAUUUGGAAAAAAGGGAAAAAAAGAAGAAGUGAAGGAAGGAAAUAAGAAGGGAUCUGACGCGGGCAAUGGAGCCCAGAAUACUGAGGGGGAUAAGGGGAAUUCCGAUGUGACUUCCAGUGAAGACGCGAAAAAGCGAAGACCAACAUGGAAUGAUCUUUCAACUGAGCAAAUGCGCAAACAUUUGGCACAAGAAGAAACUCGUAACCAUAAAAAAAGCCUUAGUCCUCAAGAAAAAGCAGCAUUGGACAAGAAAUAUGAGUGCUAUCUAAAAAAGUUAUUAGAGCAGGAGGCUGGAAAGGGAAGGAAUACCUUAAGGGGUGCUUAG